UCUCUUCUAAAAAUAAAAAAUAAAAAAAAUCAUCAUCAUUCUCCUACCGAACUACAGAAUAAAUUCAAGAAGAAGAAGAUUGUUAUAUUAACAACCUCCGCUUCUCCACAUUGUUCUAGUUGUUCGCCAAAUUCUCAAAUUCUUUGACCUCUCCGUUUUAGCUAGGUUCCAAAAGUCGAUUGAAUGAGAGAGCAAUUACAUUGGAGGAGGAUGGGUAGUGACAAGAAGAAUAACAAGAAUUUGGCUCCCACUCCUUCCCAACGCGAAGAUGGGAAUGAGGCUUCUUGUCCAAAGGAAGAGAAGGGUAAGAUACUGUGGAAGAAGGUGAAAUAUCAGCUAGUUGAAUACCACUCGUUGCCCGCGUAUUUGAGAGACAAUGAGUUCAUUCGCGGUCAUUACCGAUCCGAGUGGCCGCUAAAGCAGAUCUUUCUUAGCAUCUUCACCAUCCACAACGAAACUCUCAAUGUCUGGACGCACUUGAUUGGGUUCUUUCUUUUCCUUGCUUUGACCAUAUAUACAGCAAUGAAGGUUCCAAAGGUAGUGGAUCUUCACUCUCUGCAACAUUUUCCUGAUGUGAUGAAGAAAGCUGAUCUUCACAAGAUCCACUCUGAACUCCUAACAUGCCUUCCAUCCAUGCCCAACAUGGCAGAUUUGCAUAGACUGCGGGAUGAGUUAAAGUCCUCCUUAUCUUCAAUGGAUUUACUUCCAUCACUUUCGGGUUGGCACAUUGUGGAACUUCUUAAUAACUGUCUGCCUGAGCGAUUCUCCAAUGGCAACCACACUGAUGUUUGUGUUCUGCAAGGCAUGAAGGCUGAUGUGGCAAAUAUUAUGGUGCGGCCAAUAACAAGAUGGCCUUUCUUCGCCUUCUUGGGUGGAGCCAUGUUCUGUCUCUUAGCCAGCAGCACAUGCCACCUUCUUUCUUGCCAUUCCAAGCGUCUAUCUUACAUAAUGCUCAGGCUUGAUUAUGCUGGCAUUGCUGCCCUCAUAUCAACCUCCUUUUAUCCACCUGUCUACUACGCUUUCAUGUGCAAACCCUUCUUCUGCAACCUCUACUUGGGAUUCAUAACCAUCCUUGGGAUUGCGACGAUCAUGGUUUCUCUCCUCCCAGUUUUUCAGAACCCUGAAUUCCGGUACAUUCGUACAUCCCUCUUCUUAGGGAUGGGCCUGUCAGGGUUGGCGCCCAUACUGCACAAGCUAAUCUUGUUCGGAAACUACCCUGAGGCUCUCCACACAACAGGGUAUGAGAUACUGAUGGGGAUUUUCUAUGGGAUUGGAGCCCUGGUCUACGUUACAAGGAUCCCCGAGCGGUGGAAACCAGGGAAGUUUGAUAUUGCUGGACACAGCCACCAGCUUUUUCAUGUGUUGGUUGUGGCAGGUGCUUACACACACUACCGUGCGAGUUUGGUGUACCUCAGGUGGCGAGAACAAAAAGGUUGUUAAGAGAGUAGAGAAAGUCAAUGUAACUAUCUAAGCAAGGAUCUGUUCACAGUCUUUUCCUCUUAGAACUCUGGUUUCAAUGAAACGAUCGAUAUAUAAAAAUAUGCUUGUAAUGUGAGUUUGCUCCGUCUGUGAUCGUGUGUUGGUUGUUGGGGGCAUGAGCAGUUGGUUUCUGGGCAGCAGUUAGAUCCUUUGGAUCUUGGGCCAUUUUCCAUGGAGAAACUUUCAAAAUAAAAUACAGCAUUCUGGUUUUAUUCCGGUAAUGGUUUGGGCUA